UCGUCAUAUGAGCAAUGGCUGAUGAAAUAGCCAUUGUUGGCAUUGGGUGCCGGUUUCCUGGCGCCACCUGCCUGGAGGAAUAUUGGGAUAUGCUUGCAAAGGGAGAGAACCAUGUGGUUGACAUCCCCCCUGAGAGAUGGAACAAGGAUGCCUUCUAUGACUCUGAUAUCAAUGCUGUAGGGAAGAGCUAUUCUAUGAAAGCAGGGCUAUUAAAGAACUUUGAUCACUUCGACAACAAACUUUUUAAAAUCAACGAAGCCGAGGCUGCCCAGAUGGACCCCCAGCAGCGCCAGGUGUUGGAGUGCACGCACAUGGCGCUGGAGGACGCCGGCAUCACCAGGCAACAAAUAGCAGGACAGGACGUGGGAGUCUUCAUAGGUUCCAUGGCGGUGGAUUAUCAGGAUUAUAUCUCUACCAAAUCACAAGACGUCACCAACCACACUGUGACAGGCCAGGCCAGGGCUAUAAUAUCCAACAGGGUGUCCUACGUGUUCAACCUAACAGGACCUUCCAUGACCAUAGACACAGCGUGUUCCUCAUCACUCGUGGCAUUACACCAGGCAGGACUUUCACUAAGAGCAGGUGGGUAA